GUUCGUCUCAGUUGGAAUCCGACACCCGCGCGAGAUGGAGCUAAGUAGGUUACUAGUUUUGGUUGUUUUACAAGUUACCCUGUGGGCAAGGUCGGAUGCUGAGGGCAAUGGUACCGUUAGUGCAGCUGGCUUUGGCUAUGAAUUGACCGUGACGGGAUUGGAUGCCGUUAAUUACAAUAUGCAGAGAGAUCAUCUUCGUUCCAAAGAGUAUCACCAGGUUUUGAUCGCAGAAAUUGAAGAUCUUCGAAAGGUGGUUUCUAGUACAGAAACACUAGUUAUGAAACAGGUGAAUGCUUUAAACAACGUUGAGAUGCAGUUGAAAAAAAUACUGAAAAAUAAUGAAAUAGUCGAUGAGAUGCCCGCGAUGAAGAUUGCGCUUGAAAUGCUUUCAUUCAAUGUUUCACGUAUUCUCAGUGACACGGGCAAAAUUCACCGUGCACAGCAAACCCUCGCCACAACAGAGAUGUUAAACGACUUCAUCCUUCAGCACAUGAGUGACCAAUUACGUUCAAAAUCGUCCUCACGAAUGCUCACACUGGAAGCAAAGCAGCUACCACAAUUCUGCGCAGAUGUUGGUGCUCUUCGAUCGGGCGUUCAGCGUAUUCAUCCGCAACCUGGCUUCAAGGACUCGUUCGAAGUGUAUUGCGAUCAAACCUACCUGGAAGGUGGCUGGACCGUAAUUCAAAACCGUUUCGACGGAUCGGUGAACUUUUAUCGUGGCUGGAACGAGUACGAGCAUGGAUUUGGAAAUCUUCGCGACGGAGAGUUUUGGCUAGGACUGAGUAAAAUCCACGAGCUUACGUACUCCAAGAAACACGAACUGCAUAUAGUGAUGGAAGAUUUUGACGGAAAAACCGUUGUUGCAAAGUACAGUCACAUGCAGGUGGGUGGACCAGAGGAAAAGUACGCGCUCAACAGCUUGGGAACGUACAGUGGGGAUGCCGGGGAUUCACUUAGCUACGCGGUAUCGAGCAUGUUUUCUACUCUGGAUUCAGAUAACGACGCGCAUGCUCCCGACAAUUGUGCGGUGCAGUAUAAGAGCGGGUGGUGGAUGGCGGCUUGCCAUGAAAGCAAUCUCAACGGUUUGUACCUGACAGGAAAACGUGAGGAGUUUGCCACAAUGAUGUGUUGGAAGGCCUUCCGCGGAUACAACUAUGGCCUGAAACGCUCUCGCAUGAUGAUUCGACCUGUUGACUGAUGUUGUAGAUAUUCUACCAUAUAUUUCAAAAGUAUGUUUAUCGAUAAGCUUAGUUAUACAUUUAUAUAAUAUGUUACGUAAAAAUAGUUAAUCGAAUAAGACGAAUAUGACUGAAACCAGAAUGCUCACUGUAAAAAUGAGUUUAAAUGCAAAGUGAUAAUACCCUCCUGUUAUUAA